AUGGGCCUUUAUUUCUUAGACACAACAGCUAAUGGCAAGACAUUUCUGCUGAAUUUGGUACUGGCACAGUUGCGCAAGAAUAAAAAUGUUGCACUAGCUGUUGCCUCCUCAGGGAUAUCAGCGACCUUGCGGCGCUAUGUUUACCUUCUCACAUUUUACAAUCUUUACUACUUCGACUGUGGUGAACCAACUUUCGGCAAAGAACUCGAUCAUAUUAAACGAAAGCACUUGCCGCACAAGUUCCUUCACUCAAAACUUCAGCACACGGAACACGAUGCAUUGCUGACCAAUAUUGUACUAUCAGAUUUAAAAACUCCGAGCAAGAAUGCACAUUCCACAGUGGGAAACAGUGUGGCAAAUCCCAUAGUGCGGGAAGAUUCCCAUAGUCAUUAUGGAAAAAGUGCCCAUAAACGGCCUCUAAAAUAUGUGGAAACGUAUAAUCUUAUUGACAUCAAAGCACUACUUUUCUUCGGAGGAUCUUAUACCCAACAACACCAUCACCAAAAUUCGUAUCAUAAACCAAAUAAAUUUACUGAAAUUAUCAAAACACAUGUGCUGAAGCCUCAUAAACCAACGUUGGAAAUAUAUGAAACUCAUAAAAGCGUCGGUGGCACAGAAGGUCAUGGUAUCUCUCACAUGCCCUGUACGAAAUUUGCAGAGUCGCAUAUAGAUGAGUACAAGGAACUGAAAUCGAUGACAGUAAAAGAAUUACCUCUCCCGAGAGGUUAUAGUUUCGUUACACCAUCUGCAAUCGAGGAGUAUAAGCCGAAUGGUAGUGCUUACUUACCGCGUUACAAAAUGUAUGCAACAGCAGAUGGCACUCCGGAAAUAGAUGUGCCUGCAUUUUUAACACCUAAGCAGAGUAUCUCUUUACCUCACAUAGAAGCCCAGGACUUUACCGGCGGAGGGGUCGAGAGUGGACAUUUUAUGCCAUUCAUUGGUACCAUGUAUUUGCCUGCCAGAGAGGCAAGCGUGAUGUCAGAAAAAGCUACUGAAACCUAUAUCGGUAUUAAUAGCUAUUCUGCAAGUCAUGUUCAAGGUGUAGAUGACCCAAGCUUUCUAUCUUACUUGCAAAGAAUUUACUUAAAAUAA